GACAAUGACAUGUAUGUACGCCUUUUCAAGCUUCACUUACGAAAACAACGGACUAGUAUGUAUGGAAGUGCGUUAGAUUGAUUGCGCCGCAAAUUAUUUACUCGGUGUUCGUAUAUGGUGAGGAAUGAAUGUGUAUAAAUCAAUAUAAUUUUGGCUUUAUACAAAGGGAACAAAUUUGAAAUAAGCUGUAUUAAAAUCAGAAUGGCAACUUUAGAGCAACAAGCAUCUAAGCUGUUGGAUUUCAACCAAAAGUUAGAUAUCAACUUGCUGGACAAUAUUGUGGGGUGUCUGUAUUCAUCAGUAGGAGAACAGCAACGCAUUGCCCAAGACAUAUUAACAGCUUUGAAAGAACAUCCAGAUGCUUGGACGCGUGUUGAUACAAUAUUGGAAUAUUCCCAAAACCAAGAAACGAAAUACUAUGCAUUACAGAUAUUAGAACAGGUAAUACAAACUAGGUGGAAAGUGUUGCCAAGAAACCAAUGUGAAGGAAUCAAGAAAUACAUUGUGGGCCUCAUUAUAAAAAACUCCUCUGACCCAGCUACUAUGGAAAACAAUAAGGUGUACUUGAAGAAACUUAAUAUGAUUCUGAUUCAAGUACUAAAAAGAGAGUGGCCACAUAAUUGGCAAACAUUUAUUAGUGAUAUAGUAGGAGCAUCUAAGACUAAUGAAAGUCUUUGUCAAAACAACAUGGUUAUAUUAAAACUUCUAAGUGAAGAGGUGUUUGUGUUUAGUACAGGACAACUCACACAAACAAAAGCUAAACAUCUCAAGGACACUAUGUGUUCAGAAUUCAAUCAAAUAUUUCAACUUUGUCAGUUUGUUCUUGAGAAUUCACAGAAUGCUACAUUGGUGGAUGCAACACUUCACACUCUAUUGAGAUUCUUAAAUUGGAUUCCUCUUGGUUAUAUAUUUGAAAUGAAAUUGAUAAGUACUCUAAUUUUUAAAUUUCUUAAUGUACCUAUGUUCAGAAAUGUGACACUGAGUUGCUUGACUGAAAUUGCUGGAGUCACUGUUAGCAAUUAUGAAGAUCAGUUUGUAGCAUUGCUUGUACAAACAAUGGAGCAGUUAGAGGUAAUGCUGCCACUAUCUACCAAUAUCCGAGAAGCUUAUGCUGCAGGCCGUGAUCAAGAACAAGUAUUCAUACAAAAUCUCACCCUUUUCCUAUCAACAUAUCUGAAAGAACAUGGAUUACUUAUAGAAAAAAGGGGACUGACAACUACUCUCAUGAAUGCCCUUCGGUAUCUGGUGUUGAUAUCAGAAGUAGAAGAGGUAGAAAUCUUUAAGAUUUGCUUAGAAUUUUGGAAUGCUUUGGCUGCAGAUUUAUACAAAAUUAGUCCUCAUUCAUCGAGUCUUUAUAGUUUGGGAAAGAGUGUUGGAGGGAGAGCAUUGUAUGCUGAUGUGCUGAGCAGUGUCCGUUAUAUAAUGAUAUCUCGAAUGGCAAAGCCUGAGGAGGUACUUGUGGUGGAAAAUGAAAAUGGAGAAGUUGUCAGGGAGUUUAUGAAGGAUACUGAUUCUAUAAAUCUUUAUAAAAAUAUGAGGGAAACUCUAGUAUAUCUCACUCAUUUGGAUUAUCAAGAUACAGAGCGUAUAAUGAUAGAAAAAUUGCAGAACCAAGUAAAUGGAACAGAAUGGUCUUGGAAAAAUCUCAAUACCCUAUGCUGGGCUAUUGGAUCAAUUUCAGGAGCUAUGAUGGAGGAAGAUGAAAAACGAUUUUUAGUUGUUGUAAUCAAGGAGCUACUGGGUCUGUGUGAACAAAAGAAAGGAAAAGACAAUAAAGCUAUCAUAGCUAGCAACAUAAUGUAUGUUGUGGGACAAUAUCCACGGUUCUUAAGAGCACACUGGAAAUUUUUGAAAACUGUUGUAAAUAAGCUUUUUGAGUUUAUGCAUGAAACUCAUGAUGGUGUACAAGAUAUGGCUUGUGACACAUUUAUUAAAAUAGCGUUGAAAUGUCGUCGACACUUUGUCACAACACAGGUUGGUGAAGCUUGUCCAUUUAUUGAAGAAAUUUUAAGUACAAUCAGUUCUAUUAUUUGUGAUCUACAAACAUUACAAGUACACACUUUUUAUGAAGCUGUUGGAUACAUGAUCAGUGCUCAAAUUGACCAGGUGGCCCAAGAACAGCUUAUUGAAAAAUAUAUGCUGCUGCCUAAUCAAGUUUGGGAUGACAUUAUAUCACAAGCGUCUCACAAUGUUGAUAUUUUAAAAGAUCCUGAAGCAGUCAAGCAGCUCGUGAGUAUACUUAAAACGAAUGUACGUGCAUGUCGUGCAUUAGGGCAUCCUUAUGUUGUUCAACUUGGAAGAAUAUACUUGGACAUGCUCAAUGUCUAUAAGGUGAUGUCAGAAAAUAUUAGUCAAGCUAUUGCAUUAAAUGGUGUUGUUGUCACCAAGCAACCCCUAAUAAAAAAUAUGAGAAUAAUAAAGAAAGAAACAUUGAAGUUGAUUGCUAGUUGGGUAUCCCGCUCUACUGAUUGUAGUAUGGUGUUGGAAAACUUCAUACCCCCUCUCUUGGAUGCUGUUCUCUUGGAUUAUCAAAGGACUACAGUUCCCGAUGCUCGAGAACCUGAAGUACUAUCAUGUAUGGCUGCUAUUGUGUAUAAACUUGGGGGAUAUAUUACUUCUGAAGUUCCAAAAAUCUUUGAUGCAGUUUUUGAAUGUACACUUGAGAUGAUUAACAAAGAUUUUGAGGAAUAUCCUGAGCACAGAACAGAAUUCUUUUUAUUAUUGCAAGCAGUUAACACACAUUGUUUUAAGGCAUUCCUCAGUAUACCACCAGCACAGUUCAAGUUGGUACUGGACUCAAUAAUUUGGGCAUUUAAACAUACAAUGAGAAAUGUUGCAGACACAGGCCUUCAGAUUUUGUUGGGUUUAUUACAAAAUAUGGAGCUACAUCCACAAGCGGCACAAAGUUUCUACCAAACAUAUUUAUGUGAUAUUUUGGAGCAUGUGUUCAGUGUUGUUACUGAUACUUCUCAUGGUGCUGGCCUGACAAUGCAUGCAACUAUUUUGGCAUACAUUUUUUCAUUAGUGGAGGCUGGACGUGUUACUGUUCCCCUUGGACCAACUCCUGAUAAUGUUGUUUACAUACAGGAAUAUGUAGCAAACCUCUUAAAAAUAGCAUUCCCUCAUUUAACGGACAAUCAAAUAAAGAUAACUGUUCAAGGCUUGUUUAAUCUGAACAAUGAUAUUCCUGCUUUCAAAGAUCACCUAAGAGAUUUCUUAGUCCAGAUAAGAGAGUACACAGGUGAAGAUGACAGUGAUCUGUAUCUUGAAGAGCGACUGAUGGCGCUCCGACAAGCUCAGGAACUGAAGCGACGGGUUCAGCUCUCGGUGCCCGGUAUCCUCAAUCCACAUGAACUGCCUGAGGAAAUGCAGGAUUAAAUAUCCUGAUGAAUUAACAAUUUGGUAACAGUUCACUUCAGAUAUGGAAUGCUAAUAUUAUAAGGUGAAAAUAAACAUUAAUUAAACACUAUAAUAAUGUUAUGUUUAUCUGUACAAUAUAUUAAGAUGAAUAAUAAGCAAAUUUAAUUGUUUCUUUUGUCAACCACUGCCUUGUAUAAAAAUUAUACAGCAGUUAAAAUGAGUACUUAAGUUUUUAUUGGGCUUUUUUUUUAAUUCAUCUAAUUAAAUUUAAUUCAUCCUUUAUUAAUGUGGCCUAUAAUCUAUUAAAAGUGUUAAUGAAUUACGAAUAUCUUCACAAAUUAUCUACAAUAUAGAUCUUACAUGAAAUCCACUUUACAUGAAAAGCUAUGGAAAUAUUCUCACUAUAUAUCUAAUAAGAAUAAUAAAUGGAAUGCCCGUUUUUUUCUGUUGUAUUUUUAUUAAAUAUUUAAGUAUUUAUUUUGAUGACUAACAUUCAAAUUAAUAUAUUUCUUAGUUUGUUAAUAUGAAUCGCAGAUAUAAUGUAGGAUAUAUUAUUCAAUUUAAUUGUAGUCACAACAACAAAAAUGAUGGAAAUUUAAUCAAUGGCACUUAAACAUAGGUAAGUAUAUCUCAAGUGAACUGUUACCUAAAAGUGUUAACAGGUCUGUUACUUGUGCCUAUAAAAUAUUACCUCAUAUUAGAUUAUGCAAAGGACUGUAUGAAACAGUGUAAGGUGAUGUAUGCAAGUGUGGUUUACGACGCGAAUUUUUUCUAUGAUGUUAUAUUUUGCAAGCACAAGGCAGUGUUGGGCCCUUCUUAAUUUUAGACAGUAAUGCAUCAAUUUACAUUGCUAGAUGAUGAAUAGAAUAUUUCUAUGUUUUUAAGUAAUCUUCAAUGUAGGUAAUGAAAUCUCUGUGAUGGAAACCAGUGUCGGAUGUUCUAAAUGUGCGCUACGGAAUCUUGAGUAUUACUGAGUAGAUUCUAGGUAAAAGUGAAUCGCUGUUAGUAACAUUUUUAUGUUUUUUUUGUUUAAUGUUAUCUAAACUAAUUUCGUAAUGGUUUGGGAAUCUAAGAAAUCAAAUAGGUUUCCGAAUGCAUUUUGGAUCCGAUUGUCAGUCUUUCAAUUUUGUGUUUUAAUAAACCAAUAAACAAUAAAAAUGUUUUUUAAUUAAUAAAAUUGUUACAGGUUGUUAAUUAUAAAAAGCAAUUCAGCCUAAGGUUUUUU